UCUAUCCUCAUUGGUGGUGACUUUCGAAUCCCCAGAAGUUCGUGUUCUUCAAUAGAUUGACAAGUGGGGGAGUGAAAAAUAAAAAUAAAAGCCGUGCAUUUGAAAAAAGUGGGGAGUGCAGUGAUCCAAGAUUUUCAAACUUAAACUGAAGGGGAAAUACAUGGGUCAUAGCGUUCGAGAGCGUGAGAUGAAGGAUCUCGAGUCGAAAUACAUCCAGGAAGGCAAGGAUGAGCGACUCAACUUGUUGAACAAUAUGGUCGACGCAAGAGCGUGCUAUAAACCCAGCGAGCGAUUGUGGUUCCGUGGUGUGCGCAGCAGUAAAUUUCGUCAUGUUUAUGGUGUACCAGCGAAGCGUGACAAGUGCUAUGACAAUAUUAAAAUAACGAAGAACGCCCAUGAUUCACAAUUUUGCGCUGUUAAUCCAAAAUUUAUCGCCAUCGUCACAGAAGUCGCUGGAGGUGGUGCAUUUCUGGUUAUUCCCCUCGAUAAUACUGGUAGGCUAGAUUUCAAUGCCAACAGAGUUACGGGACACACUGGCCCCGUUUUGGAUAUCAAGUGGAAUCCAUUCAAUGAUAAUGUCAUUGCCUCCUGCUCUGACGACUGUACCGUGAAACUGUGGCAUAUUCCUGACGGAGGUCUCUCGAGAAAUCUGACGGAAUGGCUUGUGGAGCUCCAGGGGCACAAGCGUCGUGUUGCCUAUAUCGAAUGGCAUCCAGUGGCCGAGAAUAUUCUGUUCAGCGCUGGAUUCGACCACUUGAUAAUCGUUUGGGACAUAAACCGAGGAGAAGCCAUAAACAUUAUCGAUCGUCACCCUGACGUUAUCUACAGCAUGUCCUUAAACCGAGAUGGUAGCCUUCUGGCGACAACCUGCAAGGAUAAAAAGCUCAGGGUCUUUGAGCCUCGCUCUGGUAUUGUGGUGUCAGAGGGUAUCUGCCAUGCGGGUACCAAAGCCAGUAAAGUGGUGUUUCUCGGUGGUACGGGACGACUUUUAACAACUGGUUUUAGUAAACACUCGGACCGACAGUACGCCGUCUGGAGCCAACACGAUCUGUCGAAUUCCCUGGCUUGCGAGACCAUAGACUCAUCCAGUGGAAUUGUUUUUCCGUUCUGCGAUAAUGAUACCAAUGUUGUUUAUCUCGCUGGCAAGGGCGAUGGCAAUAUUAGGUACUAUGAGUUUGUCAAUGAGGCACCCUGGCUCCACUAUCUCAGUCAGUUCAUCUCGGGAAAUCCCCAGAGGGGCCUGGGGAUCAUGCCCAAGAGGGGGAUCAAUACUAGCACCUGUGAGGUCUUCAGAUUCUACAAGCUGCAUGCCACCAGAGGCAUGUGUGAGCCCAUCUCCAUGAUAGUUCCCAGGAAGAGUGAUCAAUUCCAAGAGGAUUUAUAUCCAGAUACCGUAGGUACCACACCCGCAUUAUCAGCGAAAGACUGGAUCAGUGGGAUAAAUAGUCAGCCCCUGUUAAUCUCUUUAAAAACUGGGGGAGGGAUAACAACGCACAAACCCAGGGUCUAUAAACCCCCUCAGUCAAUCCCAGCAGCUGACGUAAACACAAAAAAGAAAUUUGCAUUUCUCUCGACGGAGACAAUCCCGGACUAUCGACCGAUCGAUCCCCUGGACAUCGAGAAAAGCCAAAAAACAUCGAACAACCAGAGCACGAAGAUCCACCAGCUGCAGCAGAGAUUCGGACACGUGACCAUCCAGCCAACAAGAUGUAGCACCCAAUUCUAUGAGCUCGUUAGCAAGUUCGGGGCGUAUUCCAAUGUUUACAAGAACAAUGCGCCCCUCAAUGACAACAAGAUUAUGGAGUCUGUGGAGACACCGAACAACGAAGCGGAAUUGCGACUGGCUUAUGCCAGACAGACUGACGAGUUGCGUCUCGUCAGACGACAGCUCGCUAACAGCCAGGUGAGGGUCAAGGAACUCGAGGAGCAACUGAGAAAACUCCAGAAUCAUUGAGAUUAUUUUUUAACUGGACAAUUAAUCUCUAAUUUCGAUUGAUGGGAGAGAAAAUAAUUCUGACUCGUGAUUGAGAAUGAAACAAUGCUAUUGGUAUGCUUUAUGCUGAAUUCUAUGAACGAUUCGAUGGUGAGUGAUCGCUUUGCAUUUGUCGUCUACGAUAAUUAUUGUAUUGAAACAAGAAAUGGACCUAAAUCAUUGUUUAGUCAAUUGUUUUGUUCGCAGCUAUUUAUACGACAGAAUUAUUUUGUUUAUUGAUAAGUUAAGUUGAUUCUGUGAUUGACUCUUGUAAUAUUUUUUCAAUUUUUAUCCAUUCCCCUCUGUUAUUUCUCACAUCAAUUUUCGAAUUUAUCAUCUUGGAGCAUAUCAAUGAUCAAUUAUUGUUAUUUUUUUUCUUCUGUCGAUGUUUACGAGUAUUUUGUGGCUUAGAAUUAAAUGUCUGUGGAGUAUUUAGAGUUAGAAAAUCAAUUUAUGAUGAUAAUUCAAAUCAAUUUGUACUGAUUUGUAUAAUACAAUGUUUAUAUGUAUUUUUAAUACCUCGAUGUUGUGGAUUUAGCUAAUUUCUUUCAUUUAUCCCUCAUUCAACUCACAAAAUUCAUGAUUCAUCUUAGUGGAGAAAAAAAUUUGUUGAUUAUUAACAAAUCCAUUAUUUUCAACAGAUUUUUUAUCUCUGUGCAUUAAAAUCGGUUGUCUCUCACUGUAUUAACUCCCAAAUGAGAAUAUAAAUUUUAGCCGUGCCUUCAAAUCAAAGAUAAGAAAAUAACUGCCUUUUACUUUACAAAAUUUCUACUUAAUAAUAUUUAGGCAGCUUAGAGUUGCAUGAGUUGAUGGAAUCGCACAAUUAGCAGAGAAGAAUUUCUCAAAAAUGGAAUAUGUGACAGCCGAAAUAAUCCAUAAAUUGAUGUUGCCUUAAGCCUACGAAAUAAAGCAAAAAUGCCAAAGAGAGAGUCGAUGGGAUUCAAUAACAAUAUAUUCAGAAUAAAUAUUGAACACAUGAUGAGGGAGAAAAAGAAUAUUUUACAUUCUACAGACGACAAACUUUCAUUUCAUUAAAAAAACAAAUAAUCACGCUACAACAGUUAAUAUUCAUGCGUACAAAAUGAUAUGAAACCGUAGAAAUCGAAGAAUCAUUGUAUAAUUUGUAGCUUAUUUUUAAAAAAUAAAGAAGCCGUAUUAGAAUCGAA